CGGAAACGGAAACUGUUGUUGCUAGGAGACCGACGAGUGGCGUGCUACCUGCCUAGAAGACGGAUAGACCCGUGUGUCAGGUAAGAGCUUCCACACUAAUGGACGGCUGUUACUGUAACACUAGAUGAGAUAUGUGCCUGGGAAUGAUGUGUACGCUAAUGGGGACAACAUGAAGGCAGUAUAACCGAAAUCUCUAAAAGGCUUACUCUAGUUUAGUUAAGAACGGGCACAUUGUAGUAAUUACUUUAAUCUGUGGCUGGCUUAGCAUAAUGAGACCUGUUGUCCAUAAAUGCUGGAGCACCAAAGCAAGCCAUAUAUAGUGCAUCACGUGGCUCGAUAUCCAUGAAAUGUUCUUUAAUCUGGGAAUACUGAGCAUGUAAUAUCUGUCCCCUUAGGGCUGAGAUGAUUCCUAUGGUUUUUCUAUUUGUUUAUUUUUUAUCAAUAUUAAACGUUAAGCAAGUUAACAUUGCCCUCGUUGGCCAGGUCAGUGAUUUCUCAGACUAUUCAUUAACCCCUUGUCCUACUCUAGUGUACUCUCUGUCACUCCUGAUAUGGGAAAUAAUAAUGCUGUACGUUUACAAGAAGGGGGAAAAAGUCGAUGACAGCAUAAUGGCCUUAGUUACUGUAUCUAUUUGACGAGCAGCUGCCAGAAGCCACUGUUCUGCUUCUGUUCUCUGGCCAAGUGGCUUCUUGACUGCGAGCACACAUGUACUGUAUGAAGCAGGUUAAGUAAUGUAUGUAACGAUUUAGUCAUAGAGUGUUCAGACUACUGAUCUAUUAUAAACUGUGUUGUAGAAUCCAAUUUAACAGUUAAAGCCAAACGUAUAAAUGAAGUGAUGUCAGAUUUCUCUAGCAGUAAAGUGAGCCCAAAUUCUGUGCAAGCCAUGGGGGUUUAUUUAUUAAACAGAUAACUAAUGAAUUGGGACAAAAAUUGCUAAAUUUAGGCAACAAUAACUGAUUUGUAUAAAUUCUCGUAGUCACAGCUUGACUAUUUUUGCCUGCCAAUUGAAAUCUGCAACAAACCAGUGUUUAUAGACCCCAUACAAUUUUCAUGAUAAAAAAAAAAAAAAUAAUUGGCGCACAAUUAGAGUUCAGUUUAUUCGCUAAAUCCCAAAUUGCAGUAAACUGAAUGGAGCAUUUUUGUAAAAAUAACGACGAUUUGAUUAUAUCUAAUUUAAAAACUUUGACAAUCAGCUGUUUUUGUCUUAAUUUUGCAAUUUAAAGGGACACAAUAGUCACCAGAACAACUACAGCUUAUUUGUUCUGGUGAGUAGAAUCAUUACCUUCAGGCUUUUUCAGAGAAAAUGCAAUGUUUACAUUACAGCCUAACGAUAACUUCACCGGCCACUCCUCCGUUGGCUGCUAGAGCUGCUUUCUAUCUCAGUCUUGCCUAGUUUGAAUCACAACAUUCAGUAUAUCCUGCCUCUGCAUGCAGACACUGAACUUUGCUCAUAGAGAUUCAUUGAUUCAAUUCAUCUCUAUGAGGAGAUGCUGAUUGGCCAGGGCUCUGUUUGACUUGUGCUGGCUCUGCCCCUGAUCUGCCUCAUUCACACUCUCAGCCAAUCAUAUGGGGAAGCAUUGUGAUUGGCUCAGAACAACACUUCUUAUGAUGUCAGCUUGCCGUUCUGAGGCAAACCAGGACAAAACCAGCAGCUUCAGGCUUGAAUACAAGUAAGAUUUUACUAUAUUUAGGGAGGCAAGAGGGGGCCAGGAGGAUUAGAUGGUGGUUUUAACACUAUAGGGUCAGAAAUAUGUUUGUGUUCUUGACCCUAUAGUGCUCCUUUUAGUUUCACUGCAGUUUCUGCCUUAGUGAAGUAUACUCUGAAUUAAUAAAUACGAUUAUUGGCUGCUAGUGCAUUGUUAAAAAAACGAAACAAUGCACAACAGGAGGAAAACAGGGUUGGCUCUAUACUAUUCCUCUUAUAGCACACGUGGCAGGGAAAGUGUUACAUUGAAAGGAAUCCUUAAAUAAUCAUAAUCACUACAGCAGGCUGUAGUGGUUAUGGUGUCACAAGUCCACUUUUACAACCCAGCUGUUUUUGAAUCUGUGAUCCCUCCAGUAUUCUUGAUAUAGGUAAUAGGUUUGCCAUCAGUGAGUCAUGGGUCCCCUUACAGAACAAUUUUGUGAAAGCCCCCUGGCACACACUCACAGACAUAUAUACUCUACAAACUUACAGCUACACAUACGUUUAUCUCUCCCAGAAACAUACAUUUACAGACACACACACACACAGAAUAUACAGUUUGAAAUCAUAAAUUAGUGCAAUCUGUCCAUUGUUCAAGCAUUGUAAGUGAUGCUGUUUUUUUUUGUUGUUUUUUUUUUUACUAAGUAAUCUUACUAUCUAUCAUUAAACUUCUUUUAUUUUCAGUGGUGCUGCUGAAGUUGAAACCAUGAGUGGGGGCAAUUUCGGAAUUGCUGGGCCUAUUCCCCCAGAUCCACCAAUUGUUUAUAAACGCCCAGCAUCAGGUGAGAUGUUAUCAAUGUAUGGCAAACAAUACAUAUAUUUUGCUAUUAGAAACGUUUAUAUUUGAAUCUGCAAUUACAGCUGUGGCUCCCUUGAGGUAAGUGUCUACUAGUCUUGCACAUCUGUAUCCUGCAGUUUGUGACCACUCUUCUUGACAAACUUGCUUAAAUUCUGUCCGAAUGGAAACUGUUGUUGAGAAGCCAUUUCCAGUAUUUUCACAAAUUUUUAAUCAGAAUAAGACUUGGACAAUUGUAAGACAUUUACGGUCUUGAUUUAAAUCACUUCAGUGUUUGUUAAUGUUUUUAGGGUCAUUAUUUUGAACCUUUAACAUACUUUCUGAUGUCUUGGAGAACGAGACAGAUUUUCCUGUAGAAUUGCACUCAACUUUUCAACUCCAUCCAUCUUGUCCUCAAUCUUGACUAGUUUCCCAGUCACUGCUGAUCUUUAGCUUCUCUCUGUUCGUCUGUUAAUCUUUGGUUUGUAGAAAGUCUGGGUUUUGCUUGUCACAUGGAAGGUUUAUCAGUUUUCAGCUUUGGAUCUCUCCAAAGUUACUACUGGCCUCUUGGUUGCUUUUACAAUUAAUAUCCUUACCUGGUUACUCAGAUUUUCUGGGUUUUCUUCUUUAGGCAGUGAUAUGGUUGUAUCAUUGUUUCCAUUUUUAAUGGUGCUCUGCCCAGGCUAUGGGACAUUUCGUUUAAGUCAACCCUAAUUACUGCUUCUACAGAACUUUAUCCCGGACUUGUUUUAUUUGUUUCUUAGAUAGACUCUGUAGGCACCAAAACAACUUUGGCUUAAUGAAGUGGUUUUGAUGCAUAAAUCAUGCCCAUGCAGUCUUUCUGCUUAAUUCUCUGCCAUUUAAAAGUUAAAUCACUUUAUUCAUGCAGACUUUGCCAUACCUUCCUAGAUUUCAUGAAGGUUGUGUGAUUCACAGCCAGACGAGGUGUGGUUAGGGCUGUAUAAACAAAGCAAUUUAAUUCCUAAGUGGCAGAGAAUUGAGCAGUGAGACUGCAUAGACAUUAUCCGUACACCUAAACUGAUAAAUCAAAACAGAAUCAUAAAAAAGGUACAUACUAUUUUUUUUUUUUUAAUGAACGGCGAGUUGCUGAUUGGCUUAGAGUGUCAGCUGACCGCUCUUAGCUAAUCAGCAACACUCCAUGCUUCCUCAAACUGAAUUGGAGAAAGCGGAUGCUGCUGGGGACAGAGAGUUCCGGUGCUGGCGAGUUACCUGUGGGUUAAACCAUUCACUGGAGUUAAACGGUGAAUGGUUUAACCCCUUUGGCUAAGAAAGUGCCAGGGACCUCUGGGCAACAUAACUUAAUUUUGAUAAAGUUGUUAUGGUGCCCAGAGUGUUCCUUUAAAUUGAUAACAUUUUAUCUUGACUCCAAUGCCGGGCGAGAUCUUCCUUACUUUGUGUCACACCUCCUCAUCCGUGGUCCAAUCAAAUGUUUCUCACAGAGAAGCAUUUGAUUAAAAAAAGAAUCUGCUUGCAAAAUACGGAAAAAGAUCCAAUGUUUCAUUUCUAUAGUAGAUUUUUUUUUUUUUUUUUUUUUAAAUCAAAAUGUAGGAAAACAUAGAGGAAAAAAAGGACACUAGAAUUAGUGUAUCAGGUACAGAAUACCAAUAAGGUAUUUGUGGAGGAUCCUCAGGACAAAACCGCAUGUAGUGGAGAAAGAUAGGAAUCCAGACUGAAUGUGGCCCCUACAGCUGCAGACUGGGGACAUACUAAGAAAUACUGCAACUGAGCGACCUUGCUAUGUGAUUUAAAGGGGGGCUAGGCAUAAUUGCUCAGCCACAGUAUUUUGAAGGAUUUAAAGGGCUACGUGCAGCUCUCACUUUAAGCACUUGUAGCUCAUCUGUCUUUUUGGAGCUGUUAACUGUGGCCCCAGCUGACAGAGGGGACUCUCAGUUAUCAAAAAAUACUUGGGGUUCCUUGGUACCAGCAGGGAUUUAGCUCCUGCUGGUAUUUCUAACGCAUGACAGUUUCUGCCAUCAAGGGGUGUUUAAGCCCUGCACUGCAUAAUGGCUUAGACAAAGGGUUAAGAAACAGCGAACACACACACAAAUGCAGUUUCAAUACUUAAAAGGUUACUUUUCUCAGAAAAGGCAGAAUUUACUUUGAAAAGCCUGCAGGGACAGUCUGCAGACACCAGAACCACUACAUUUAAGCUGUAGUUGUUCUGGGGACUAUAGUGUCUCUUUAAGUUCAAAUCUUUUUAAUCAGAAUUCUUUGGCGACAUCUUGUGGCUAAAUUCUGAAUAACACUUGUAAUUUGAUUGAGGCCUCAAAAUGGCCAAUUUGUUUAAUUCAUUAAUACGUUCAUGCCUAUAUGGUUUAUGCCCUAUGUAUGGGAUUGUCCAUAUAUAUUUGAAGGUAAUAUUGUUAGAUAUAGAUAUUCCUAUUCAUGAUUAAAAACCUUCAUGUUUACAGUCUGGAACCCCUUUAAAUGUCACCCACCUCCAGUGGUCAGAGCUUGGCUGUUUUAGUCUAAAUUUUACAAUUUGGAUUUCCGCUGCUUUUUAUUCCCAGUCUAUCCCUUUCUGCAAUAACACUCAGCCUUGGUACCACCAGGAUCUGGCUGUGUCUGUGUGUGGGCAUAUGCUACCUUAAGGUGCUUUAGGGCGUACCAGCAUGGGGGUGUGGUAACUGAGGAUACUGCUACCCUUUUCCAUUGAUAUGACCAUUUAUAAAAGUGCCGAUUUCAAUGGCAGUCUACACUUUUAUAAUUGGGGCAGAAACACCUCUCUGGCUGUCACUCAUAGAGUUAACAGAAACGGCAGACAUGCUGGGCUAGCAUGCACCUGUCUUCAACCCUUCUUAAUGAGCUUUACUACAGCUGAUUGUAAAGCAUAGAAAAAGUUGCAAUCACACUCCCGGUUCCAGCACAGAGGCUUCUACAGGAGAAGCUUCUCGUGAAUAAUCUGGUAGUGGAAAAAGAGGGAAGUGUUUGCAAAUACAGCAGAUUAUCAGCUUUUGCACGCUGCUUCCCACCCCAUCAUCCAUCCUCUUCUGUUCUUUUCUCCUCUCCCACUUACAAUCAUACUUGGUGCUAGUCACAUCCACUACUAUGGUAUUCAUUCAUGCUAUCAACACAAAGGGUCUUAACAUCCCUAAGAAGAGAUCCAUGCUCUAAAAGAUUUCAGUUCCCACAGGUCACAUGUGAUAUAUAUUUAAGAGAUUCCCUCAUGUACUGACUGGGUCCUGAAACUCGCAAACCAGAUUUACACACAAGGCUACUUUGUCAAUAAUCACAAAGAGAAAUCCAAAGGCACUGCUAUCUUACUCCAUAGAAAGUUACCCCUUGUUCAUCGGGUGUUUCUGACAGACCAGGGAGGAUGAUACGUGUUCAUAAAGUGAACGAUCCUUGGCCAUAUGUACACCCACCCCAACAAGCAACAGUGCUAAUUCCUUUGGUCUGCCCUUCUCAUUCUUGCUUCCUUUACAGAUGGAUGCCUUAUACAUUUAAAAAAAAUUUUUUUUAAAGGGGUGCGGUGAGAGUGCCCAUUCUGGGAAAAUAGCGCUCUGGUCCUUGCAGAAUUUGCCAAACGUCACAGUCAAAGUUUAACCCAACCACUACGACAACAGUAGCCAAAAAGAGUUCCAUGCGGUCGGGGGCAAUCCUCAGCAAUUUGCCAGGUGUCACAGCGUUGUGGGGUUUGGGAGAUCUCUGGGUAUUCCAGGGAGCGAUUACUCCGUUUUGUGGUAAGAGGCUCCUCUCCAAAGAGCGCUCUCCUUGGUUGUCAUGAAAGGGGUGAACAUGGAGGUCCGAGGUGACCGGGGAACCUGUAACAAUUGGCUGAGUGGAGUUCCAGAAUGGUUGGUGGUUAGUUCCACUGAUAGUGUCUGGACACUCUGAGUCUCAGUGAAGGGGAAGGCACUGUAUAUAGGUGGGGGGGGGAGGAGCUCAGUGGAUCAUAGUCCUUAGAAGUGAGUUUAUCACAUCCUUGAUUUAUACUGCCUCAAUCUGUUUUGUCUUCCAAUAUCACCUCUAUGUGGAUGACAUGCUGAUCUAUCUGCACUCUCCUGAUCUCUCGCUGUCUCUCUUGACUUGUGUCCCUGACUGCUUCUCUACUAUUUCCAACUGGAUGGCUGCUCAUUUUCACUCAUUCACCCUUCAAGUCCAGUCACUCGCCAAAUACUGCCGCUUCCAUUUUAAAAAUAUAGUUCGCGUCUGCCCCUAUUUAACUCCGAAUGUGCCCAAGAUGCUGGUCCAUGCCUGUUUUUUUUUUGUUUUUUGUUUUUUUCAGAACAUUUUCAUUAUUUCCAGAACAAAAACCAUAUUUAUCUCCUAUGGCGUCACAAUUUCCAGGAAUGUUAUAUGUCUAGUUUCACUUUCCCUAUCUUACUCUUAUCCGAAGAAGCUGAAGUAGAUCAGGUGAAACAUGUAAAAAGGGGAACCGAAUGUGUUUGAUUUGUCCAUGAGCGUGAGGGCUGAAACAGUUUGGCACCGCUGUAUAAAUAUAUUGAACUGGUAAUGAGGAAGUAAAACUUCCUUGUUAUGUCAUCUCAAGUAGUGAGAGUCAGCUUUGGGUGUCAGAAAAUAUAUAGGUUUUUUGCUAAGCUCACUGGAAACAAAUACAUAGGGACUGCACCCAUAGCCUCAUUGCACAGAGAACUACAUUAUGCUGUUUAUCUAUAAAUUGUAACAUUUUGUGGUGAGGAUUGCCAAUGGACAAAUCUGCCUCAGAUGCCAAAUAUACUAAGUAUGUCUAUCCUUUAUGUCCCUUCUCUUUGUGAUAGUCCCCAUUUCUCAUUUAUUUGCUUUACUAAAGUUUAUUUAUUUUUUCCUUUGUAGCUCGUGGGAGACUUGAAGGCACUAAGUUGGAUUUUUUAUCUGGUCCGCUGGCCCCAGAUCCUACAUUGUACCCAGCAUGCUACAGUGCCCGUCCAGCAAAUCCUCCUCCAAGAAUACUCCCUAAUGCACGUGACAUCUUGGAAAGAGGCCAAAGGGGGACUGUUGGUAUCCUUCUGCAACUUGAAGGAAUCUCCCUUAAUUCAGAUAUACAACCCAGAAGUAAGUUCCAUCUAUGAAUGGUUAGACAUUUCACUGCUUUUAUUUUUAUCAAGAAGGCAAACUGUAAACCUUAUUAGAUACUGAGGAGCUCGUUAUGUAACUUGGUGGAGCAUCAGAAACUCCCCAUUUAACCCCUUAAGGACCACACUUCUGGAAUAAAAGGGAAUCAUGGCAUGUCACACAUGUCAUGUGUCCUUAAGGAGUUAAUAGACUUGUUGAUAGGAAACCUAAAUAAGCAAAACAAAUGUUGGCAUUUCCCGCGGGGGCAAAAAUAAAACUGAAGAUGAGUGACAGUGCAAUGUUCAUCUCAUGCACUGAUCAUGUAGGGUGGUAUAAAGUAGCUCAAAAUUUUAACACUUGUCAACGAUAAAAUGGCCUAAUAAAAUGUCUGCAUGUAGAAUUUAAGAGAUUAUGUAAAUAAAGCCCAUGUAAAGAAUUCCUUCCCCCAAAGUUGUCAUGUUUCCAUAUGUACCGCAUCCUAAGAUCACCAACAAACUAAAUGUGAAGGAUUGAAAGUCUUUUUGAUACCAGUAGAUUGGAUAAACAGAGCUGAGAAACAAGUGGUAUAGGAGCAUGAAAUCUAUUGGCUAGUCAAAGUGUUUGAGUCAAAGAUGCAGUGCAGUAGUGUAGGACAACAAUUUCUGUCCAGAGUGAGAAGGCCGCAGCCACCACAAAAACAGAUAAAUACAAGGCUAUGAGCUCGUAGCAAUUUAGCUUGCUCAGAAGAGUGUUUAAAUCAGGGAGUGAUAUGAUCUUUUGAAAGUACAUGUUGGACCUCCGCUACGUAGCAUUCAAUGGAGACCAAGAUUGUUUUCAGAUUAGACAUAGUUUGAUUUUAUGGCUUAAAACAGUGAGGAGGAGGCGGCAGGAACCAUAGGCGUGAAAUAGGUUGGGGAUGCUUCUUCAAAAAUAUUGCUGUCAAGUUCAAGAAUGUGCUCAAAGCACUCCGUGACAACUGCUGUAAUUUUGAAUUAUGUUAAUGAUUGUACAGGUAGUUGAGUCUCAAAGUUGUUCUCUUUACUACAGACUCUUGAGUAUUUAUUUGUGGGAGGAAAAUAUAAUUAAACCACUUGGCAAGCUAAUAGAAGGUGGCAUACAUUUUUAUUGUACAUGGCCAAGGCAAAUAGGAGUAUAGCAAGUAUUUGUGCCACUUUUGCACAGCUUGUAUAAAUGAUUGCAUGUAGUAUAAUAUGUUGUAUUACUCACAGAAAAUAUCAAGGAUCAUGGAAAGGAGAAUGUCCGAAGGUUAAGAGAGAUUCAGAAAAAAUGCAAAGAGAAAGAAUUGGAGAAAGAACAUUUGGGUCCCAAACCUGUAAAAGCCCUUUGGAAAUCCAACAAAUAUGAGAAUGUGGAGUCUAAAGUAAAACAAAAGCUUCAGGUAAAUGUUAGUGUCCCAAACAUACUUUUUAUAUUGUCUAUGCAGAAUAUAAUAAAAUAAGAAUGUUGGAGAAUUGCUAAUUUUAGACCCCAAUAUUACAAAAAGAGAUUAUGGUAUGUGUAACAUUUAGGCAACUUGAACAACUCAAACAAUUAUCCUAAUUAAUGAAGUCACGAAGGUGCUUUUUUUUGCCUAUAUAAUCAUUCACUGUAUUUUUUUUGAUUUAAUCACAACAGUUUCUGAAGAUGUUAGAGUUACUUUAGUGUGCUGGCGCCACCACAUAUGCACUAAUAAUGAUGAUAUCAUGUUACCAAAGUUGCAUACACCACUCAUCUUUCUCAUUUUAAUGUUUGGUCGAACAGAAAUUAAACCUCCUAACCACAACUGCUUGCUUUGUGUAUGUAGUUGCAGAUAUGAGUCACUGUGGCCACUCCAUGUAAUCGUUUACAGUCAAAGUACCUUUUCAAAUUAUUAUCAUAGACCUGAUCCUUUCUGUGUAGAAAAAAAUAUAUUAUUAUUGAAUGUCCUUGGCACAGAGAAAGCCUUCUCUUACUAAUGUUGUCUUGAUUACUUGCAGGAGAAAGUAACCACCCACAAUCAAGAAUCACUGAAUUUCCUAAAGGCUCAUUCUCAUUGUGGCUCAGGAAUACAACCUAAACGAUCAUUGACCCCAAGAUCAAGAAGUCCAAAAUUUCAACCUGAUAUAUCUGAGCAAGAUUUUAAGGUAGGUUUCAUCAUGUAAUUGGACUGCUUUAGUUGGGACAUAUAUGUAUUUUUUAAAAGUAUUUAAGGAUGGUAUAUUAGCACACAAACGUUAAACUGCCAUUAAAACAGGCUGCCAAUUUCUACUUUUGGACCAUUUGGCAAGGAGGCUACAUUGCUGAAGUAUUCAGCCAUUAGGUAUGAGCUAACUUUGUCCUACCAAUAUGGAAUAUGUAAGGAAUUUCACAGUUGUAGAGUUUCAGAAUAUGCUGCUCUAAAUAAAGUCUUAAAGGAACACUAAAACACUUUGAAGAGCGAGUUUUCUUUUUUUUUUCAUGUAACAAAAGUGCAGAUUUUAAUAGCUUUUUAAAAUUAACUCUUUUACAUCCUAACAAUCUCCUUUAACAUGAUUAAGCAAUUUAAUAUGUGCAGUAAUACAGUACUUUAAGAUGAGUCCAUCUUUGUCAGAGUUUCAUGCUGCGGUAGAGAAGACAAAAAAAAAAAGUUUAGCCUUGUGAAAUCCACUGUACCAUAACUAGAACCUGUAAUGUCACCAUCCAACCAGUAACAUGGUGAUACUAUGUAGAUUGGGCUAAUUCAAUUCCUCCUGUCAGAUGUGAACAGAGGUAACUCAGUCUGUGCUUAUAUGACUUUUUUAGUGUGUGCCAAGACUAGAAGAGUUAAGCAAUGUUGUCCCUUUGCAGGACUAGGCCAUUCACUACUGGUCCUUAUUUAUCAUCCCUCUCUCCUAUGACUAGUCACAUUAUCCAGUGCGCAAAUCUAUUAUGCACUAGCCGUACAAGCUGGAACAACUUCCUAGCAGAACUCCUGUCCUUUCCAGUUGUAGAAAAUACUUUUCUGAAGUUUUGUAGUCCUCAACUACAGAUUUGACCUACUUUUGCAUCAUUUUCAAUAUGCAUGUCAGUGCUAGCUGCAGGACGCUGAGAACAGUGUGGACUUGCAAUAAGAAUAGGAACUUAAAAGGUGUGUAUUUUUAUUUUAUUACAUACUUUUUAUGUAUUUAUAUAAUGCAUUACAAUGGACCAGACUAUUAGGAGAGAAGUAAAAUAACAAAAAAUUACCACCUUGGGACCUAUAACCAAGGAAAAAAGAUUUUUUGUGGGGAAGUAGUGAAAUUCUGUAUUUUUACAGUAGUAGUGAUAUAAAUCCAUAAUUGUACCAUGUAGAGAAUCUAUUAUUUUUUCUAAUGAAUACUCAAUGCUGUCGACUUUGUUAUUUUUCUAAUCAUUGUAAUUCCUUAUUUGUUUUAUGUAUCGCUACAGUGAAUACAAAUAAUAAAAAAAAAAACUGCCUUUACUAUCAAUUUGCUAUCUCUUUCAUGUGGAUGCAGGUGCAAGGAACUGGCAUUGAUUUUGUUGCACAUAAUGCAAGAAAUGCAAACAAAGUCAAAAUAAGACGGUCCCGUUCACUGCAGGGUCUGAAUGAGGUUUUAGAGCACAAGCAAAACGAGCAGAAACAGUAUGACUCCAAUCAAAAGGGACAUGUUCCUCAAUAGUAAGUAGUAUUACUUGUCAGAUAAAUUGCUAAAGGGACUGUCCAAAAACAAAAAUAUAUCCAUUCACUGCUUAGUAGAUACACCCCAAUGAAAACAUGCAUGUAUUUUUACACUGACGUGUUUUUAAAAACAGCCUUUAAAAGCUGGGAGACUUGAGAUUGAUAAGAUACAUCCUACAUCCUAACAGUAGGGAGCUUUAAUGAUAUUUCUUGAAAUCUUAACCUCUUAAGGACCAGUGACAUCAUGACAAUCUGUCUCCCUAAGAACACAGUCUAAAAUGGAAUGUCCCACAGAGCCAACAAACCUGAACAACAUGGCUGCAUGAGGUUCCAGACCUAAAUCAGCAGGGCAUACCAUGUUGGUAUGUGGCAUCGCUGGACUCUAGUGGCACGCUGUCCCAAAAUGGUACAAUCAGCUCUAACCCAAAGUAUCGCUGCCUACGUGUUCUCUUUGACUCUGACCUCUCCUUCACCCCUCAUGUCCAGACAUUCGCCAAAUCCUGCCGCUUCCAUCUCAAAAACAUAGCGAGCAUCCACCCCUAUUUAACACCUGAUGCCGCUUUCCUCUCUUGGCUUCUAAUUCCAGUGUACACUUGGAUUCUUUCAGUCAAACUGAAAAACAUUUCCUCCAUUUGGGUGUACCAUACAAUAGAGGGGGGAGGACUUGUAUCGGAACAGUAAGACUAUAUAUUUGGCUACAUUUAACAAAAUAAUUGUUAGUGAUUUCUUAUAAGAAAAAGGUUUUAAGGUGGCAUUGUUUAAAAAGAGUGGGGCUGGCCGAAUGGGAAUUGGAUUAUCCGAAAAUGUGUUGAUUAAUCAGUGUAUAGAUUUCCAAUAAGGUUGUAUAUGGGAGAAAUCCCACCAGAUAAGUAGAAAAGUACCUAGGGAACUAGUAAAUCGCAUGUACUAUGUAGGGAAUGGUCAAUGUGUUGACACACAAUUUCUAUAAGGAAUGCUACAAAAAUACCUAACUUUUAUACAGCUGAUAUUUUUUAAAUGUCUCUUGGGCUAUGUGACCGAGAAAAUACAUGAAAGUAUCAGAUUCUGAAUUACUGUAGGGAGAUCACUGCAAAAAUAAAGUAAAGAGCAAGAUACUAAAGCCCUAUGCAGUAGGAGAACUCCACUGAAAUAAAUCUUCACAAGAAAAAAAAUAAAAUAAAUAAAGAGUGAAAAUAAAUAAGUAUAAAUGCUAAUAGAACGCAGAGACAAAAUAAACCAAGAUCGCUAGUAGUAGAGAUAAAUAUCCUGAGUACCCGAUGUAGGGAUCUUUCUAUAGAAAGUUAAACUGUGCCUUCGAGGGCACCUAAAUCCAAAUAGAUAGACUGCUAUACUAGCUAAGGAUUAUAGCUUUGACGAAAAUUAUCAUCCAGUGAAUAAACCUUAAUAGGCUAGUGUAGUUAUAGACCUCUUAGUGCCUGAGACUAGCAGCUAAGGAGAGCAAAACUGUGCCUUCGAGGGCACCUAAAUCGAAGUCUGCUGCUACACUAGCUAAAGAUAAUAACUAAAACGAGAAUUGACGUCUAGAGGUCAGACCUAUCGUAGCGUUCUAGAGGUAUGACCAGACUAUGAGUCUAGGUAGCGUGCUGCAGAGUGACUUGGGUAUGAUAGCCCGGUUGAGAUGAUGGAUCAGAUGAUCAAAUAGCUGCAGAGACGCUACCUACAGGAGCCCCAAUGCGCGUUUCACGUACUUUGAAUUUAUCCCUAAGGGUUACCCCCUAAUUUCUCUGUCCUAUUGAUACCCCAUAUGCUUCUACUUUUUCUAACUUGGCUCUAAAAGGAGGGCGUUGCUGAAGUUGUUGUGUUACCCAGUGUGUCCAUUUAACUUACAUCCUGCCAAGGUUGUGCUGCAUAUUUCUAAGUUUGUAUUCACAUUUCCUGUAAUACCCUCUUGAGGCAAUGGUCCAACCUCUGAACCAAAACAAAACCUAGAACUUUGUUCAACCAUAAUUUAAGGGUUUCUCUUUGAAUGCCCCAAUACAUAUUAUAUAUUGUUUUUUUUGUUUUUUUUAUUCAAAGUUUAUUGUAUUUUUUUUCAGAAAAGUAACAAUAAUCACACAGUGUUAGAAACUACAUAUGUUGACAUCUGACGGAAGCGCACAAGAUACAUAGCAGUGAGUGUCUCAGUAGCUUACUAUACAGAAAUUGUACAGCCAAAAUAAUAAUCUAACAAAAAGUUUGAAAAUAACAUAAGACCUCACAUAGUGAUUGUUCAGAGGAUCAGUUGUUCAUAGCCUGAGUAUAUUUAUUUAUAAAAUAUUUUACCAGGAAAGAUACAUUGAGAUUUCUCUCAUUUUCAAGUAUGUCCUGGGUCCACAAAACAUUGCAUUGUUACAAUAGGAUACAAUAUUACAAAAAUACAAUAUACAAACUAUAUAUAUAUGUGUGUAUAUAUAUAUAUAUAUAUAUAUAUAUAUAUACACACACACACACAUAUAUAAAUUUAAUACAUAACAGGUAAUAAAUAUAUUUAACCAUGACCAGUGCAUUCUGUAUUGAGAUAUAUUGCCAUAGAUCUCUUAAAAGAUUUUAGGUUGAAUGAAGAUUUGACUGUGUCCCUGAGAUUAUUCCAUAAUCGCGGUGCUCUGUAGGGAAAUGAAGAUCAAGCCACUUUAUAUUUGUAUUGCGGUAUGCUAAAUAUCGUGCUAGUACUGGAUUGGAGGUUAUAGGAGGUGGGAACCGCUUGGGAGAGCAUUCUACUCAGGUAGUGGGAGCUUCCCAAAAAUGCUCUUAUGCACAAGCUGGAAAGAUGGAGUGUGUCGGGAUUCCAUUGAUAGCCAGUUUAGCUCUUUUAACAUAUCACGGUGGUGGGUAAAGUAAUUACAUUCUACUACAAAGCGUCAGAAUGAAUUAUAUAACGUAUUAAGAUUAUUAAGGUGGGUUUGCGGUGCGGAUGCAUGCGUGUGGACGCAUUUUUUCAAGAUUUUUGACGAUACUGGGAGCAAUGAUAUCGGGUGAUAGUUUAAUACCAAAGUAUUGUCACCACUUUUAUGGAUAGGUACAACUUUUGCAGUCUUCCAAAGUUUGGGUAUGUUUCCUGACACCAGGGAUUCAUUGAUAAGGGUAGUGACAGGUUUAGCAAUUGCUGGCGCACUGAGCUUCAGCAACAUUGCUGGGAUUUGAUCUGGUACACAGUGUUUUUUUAUUUUUAAAUUAUUAAGAUGUUUAUUAACGACACUGACAGGCACAGGUCUAAAAUUGAAUUUCUCUAUAUGAGGAUUUUGAAGAUUUGGCAGGGCCUGAUAUUUAUUUGCGGUCUGAAAAUGAGUGUCAUUUGUUAUCUUAGCAACCAGGGUGGCAGCACAUCCAACAAAAUAAUUAUUAAAGACAUUUGCUACAUCUAGGGGGUGUUGCAGUGUUUUGUUGUCCAUUUUGACAGUGAAGGGUUGGGAGUGGAUUGUGGGGGUUUGUAUGCUAUUUAUGAUUUUCCAGAAGUUACUCGGGAUUGAUAGGUUUGUUGUUCAAAUUUUCACUGAAAUAUUGGGCCUUUGCCAUUUUUGUUUGUUUUGUGCAUGCAUUUCACCAUUGUCUGUAAGUACAGGGAUCAUUCAUGGAGCCAGUACGCUUGAACUUUGACCACCGUGAAUCUCUAAACUGGUACAUUUGACAGGGAGAGUAUAAAAUAUAGUCCUACUCACAUUUUAUGGAGCAGGCAAACUGCUCUAUGGAUAGGGCGUGGGUGGAAUAAUCCCCACCGAGGAUAUUACUUGGAAGUGAUGUUCACUGGAAAUAAAAUCAGGUGCCAGGCAGUACAGGUACCUUACCUCCACUUGAAAAAGCCUUUAAAGGUGAAACGCGUUGUGGUUAUUAUCUGAAUAUUUUAUUUUAUAUGAACAAAGGUAUUUUGGUUACUUCUCGUGCCAUUUUUUUUUUUUAUUCUACAUUUUAUUUUUGUUACUAUUUUAUUAUUUUUAUCCUGUACUGCCUGGCACCUGAUUUUAAGUGGCUACUACAAAAGACUGGACAUACUCCAUUUUGAAUACCCUGGGUUGUCUAAAUCUGAAAAUGGUAUGCCAUGAUGGGGUUAUUUCACAUUCCUGGGUCACCAUAUGGUCUCAAAAUGCAACACAUACCCAGGAAACCAAUCUGGCACACUGAAUUGACCCUGUAACUUUCCAAAACACCAUAAAACCUGUACAUGGGAGGUAUUGUUAUACUCGGGAGAAUUCGCUGAACACAAAUAUGAGUGUUAUAAAGCAGUAAAACUUAUCACGACGAUGAAAUCACCGGUAAAAGUGCAGUUUUUGUGUACAAAAAUAAAUAAAAAAAAUUGCAAAAAACAAAUAAAAACGCUAACUUUGGCCAGUGUUUGUGGCUAAGUGGCUACUAAAAAGCACUGGACUUACCCCAUUUUGAAUACUCUGAGCUGCUAUACGGUCUCAAAGGCAACAUAGGUCCAGAAUUAGUGCAUGAAAUGUGUUAAAAUACCAUCAUUUGAAAUUCCCUAGGGUGUCUACUUUACUUUUCAAAAAUAUAUGGUUUGAUAGGGGUAAAUUACAUUGGGUGGCUUCAGAAAUGUCCCAAAUAGGACAUGGGUGCAUGAUGACCAGCUAUGAAAAUUCCAAGUUGGAAAACUGGAAUGCGCACCCUCCAAAUAAGGCCUUUUAGCCCCCAGAUAACCCGACACACCUAUACAUGGGUGGUAUCACAGUACUCAGGAGAUGUUGCUGAACACAUAUUGGGGUGUUCUUUGGCAGUAACCCUCCGUAUAUGUAUUCUUAAAUUGCUAUGUGUUUCAAUAAAAUCACCAAUUUUUUAUUUAUUUUUUUGGCAUAGCUUGGUGGUAAAAUGGUUGAAUGAAAAGAGUCAAAAUACCCCAAGUUUAAUAUCUUAGGUUGUCUUCUUUUAAAAAUAUAUAUACAUGUGAAGGGUUUUUCAGGGAUUCGUGACAGAUAUCAGUGUUACAAUGUAAAUUUCGAAAAAAAAUUGGUUUGGAAAUAGCAAAGUGCAGCUUAUACUUAUAGUACCCUAUAACUUUCCAAAAAAAGCUAAGAACAUGUUAACAUUGGGUAUUUCUAAACUCAGGAAUUUAGAAACUAUUUAGCACAGGUGUUUUUUGGUGUAUGUAGAUGCGUAACAGAUUUGGGGGGGUCAAAAUUCAAAAAAGUGUGUGUGGUUUUUGUUUUGUUUUUGACAUUUACAUAAUAUUCUAUAAAAAUAAAUUUAUAGUAAAUUAUAUGAUGAAAAUAAUGGUAUCUUUAGAAAGACCAUUUAAUGGCGAGAAAACGGUAAAUAAUAUGUGUGGAUACAGUAAAUGAAAAAGAGAGUAAAAUUACAGCUAAACACAAACACCGCAGAAAUGUAAAAACAGCCCUGGUCCCAAACGGUAAGAAAAUUGAAAAGCGGCCUGGUCACUAAGGGGUUAAAGGAGUAAAUUUUAUGGACUUGUCAACAUAAAUAACAAUGCCUCCUCUUCUCUUUGCUCUGUCAUUUCUAAAACAUGAAUAAGCCUGUAUUGAAAUGGCGGAGUUAUAUGUUAUAAGUAGGUGUUUAAUCAAUAGCAUCUAUUGAAAAUUCUUUGUCCUUUGUUGUCUCUUCGUAAAACAUGCAUAUAUUAUUUUUUAAAGGAGAGAAACUGCUUUAUUUUAAUAUCUUCUAUGUAUACCUCAUAAGUGUGAAUAAGAUGUUAAAAAUGAGUCGAGUGCGUUUCUUCACAUUUUUCCUUAUAAUUUUUUUUUUUACAUAUUAGUGCAAUUAAAUGACUGUAGGUCAAAAUAGAUUUACUUUUCAGCCCUGAUUGUUAAAUGCCUCGUAUGUCUAGCCUCUAAAUUAAUUUUUGAUAGUUAAUGCUGACCCUACACCAACCCUCUCCCUAAUGCUAUGCUUUCACUAACUCUAACCUGAGCCCUACACUAUCUUUAACACCAAAAUAGCAAUAAUCGUUUCACUAAUUCUACACAAACCCUAUCCAUACCCUACUACUAACCUUAACCCAACCCUAACCAUAUCCAUGCUCAUACUAGAACAUAAGGAUGUGUCAAUAUGUCAUAACGGCAUUAACCCCUUAAGGACCAAACUUCUGGAAUAAAAGGGAAUCAUGACAUGUCACACAUGUCAUGUGUCCUUAAGGGGUUAAAGUCUAGUAUAGUUAGGAAGUACUAACGCAUCCUAAUGUUGUUAAAUAUGUUGUUUUGAUAUCCACUUAUAUCCCUCUGUUGUGAACUACAUAAUAGAAUUUAAAAAAAAAAAAAAAAAAACAGAUGACCACUUAAAAGCUGUGUUUUAUCCCCUUCUUGUGUCUAAUAUACCUAAAGUCUUUCAGAUCCUGUAGUGUCUGCCACUCCCUUCAGUCUUCCAUCUCCACUUUGUGUCUACGUGGUGCCUUAGACAUAUCCCACAGAGGCAUAUAAUUCCUCCAGCUAUAUUUCCUCCACAAACACCUCAAGUGUGUUAAUUCUGUUUCUGUGUUUGGGAGAAUAGAUAUUACAUUGCAUUUGAGAAUGGUUCUUGUUUACCAUCAGUCUGCCAUAAUCCAGAUCCCUCUUGUUGUGUUUUCUCAAUAGCCUUAUUGAUUUGAAGGAGAAGUGGCUCAAGGAAAAAGAAGAACGUAAAAAGCGGACCCCUGAUCCAUCCUUACCACCAGGACACACCAUGAUGCCAGAAGCUGAAAGACUGGAAACUCUAAAUAAUAUAAAACAGAGUAAGAAACCAUUUCCGCUUUAAGUUUUCACUCUGUGGUGAUAAAUGUCUCUCCACCUGUUGUGUAACAAAAUAUCUAAAAUACCUUGCCACUCCUUAAUGAUGGGACUCUAACCCUACAUCCUAAAAUAUUAGGAAAAGGGUACAUUUCCUUAGAUUUAAAAAAAAAUAAAAAAAUACAUUACAUCAUGUGCAUGCCUCGUGAGGAAAUAUCUCUAAAUCUCCUCUUUUUCCCUUUCUAAUGCCUGCAUGGCAAAUGGCAGGAAUGCAUGGUAGGGCCUCUUGGGGUUUACUGCAUUGUAUUCACUCUCAGGAUCAUGCAAGAGUCGACACAGAGAACUAAUGUCACGACACUCCAGCUUGACAAAGGCCCUUAGGGGUCGAAACGUUGCUUUUUGGUUUCUUGUUCCAAUAAAAAAUUGCCUCUACUUUGGAAUUCGCUGGAGUGCCUGGAUUACUUUCUAUAUUUGACACUCCAGUAUGUGACGCAACACUGGAGGAAAAUAAGUGAUCAGCCAAUGAUAAAGUUGAAAAAGGCCGUGGAGCUCCACAAAUACUUCAGUCUUUGUCAACUUUUUUCAGCCUUUUUUCCCUAGUUUUCGCUAAGCAUAACUUUUAAGAUAUUUAUAGGUUUUUGGUUUUUUUUUUAACGAAAAAAUGGGCCUGCCUAUGGGGAGGUAAACACAUUAGAAGAAAAAAAAAUGGAAAGAAAUGACGGAACCGCUUUAAACAAUAUUGAUGUUACAAAUGUUCGGGGCAUUUCUUAUUAAGGUAUGAAGAAGAUAACCAUAAUUUUUGUUUUUCUGUUUUUAUUUCAUUCAUAGCCCAAGACCAGCUGAUUAAAGAGUUACUGAGACUUCCAGUCAGGGCAGACACAUUAAGCAUUCAAAAUCGACGCACAGAACUGGAGAAAAAACUCUCCGAGAUUGAAGAAGCUAUUAAAAUAUUUUCUCAUCCAAAGGUCUUUAUAAAAAUAGAUACUUGAGUUUUCUUUUUUGGAAUCACUUAUUAAUUAGUAUGUUUGCAUUAAAAUCUGCUAAACCAGGGACAAAAGCUACAAACUUACUUGGCAAUAUCUAGAAUUUUACAUUCUUUAAAUCUAUACGCAAAGAUAAUUUACAUCAAACACAACAAUUAUGAAAUCCUUCUUUCUUAUUUUUAUCAUUGCUCAUUCCAUGAUUUUUAAUAAACAGUUGUACCGUUUGUCUUAAAAAAAAAAAAAAAAAAAAAGUACAGUUAAAAGACGCUCUAAGCAACAUAAUCACUACAGCUGUUUUUCUUUCAAACUAUUUUAGAGGUUUUGCACAAAAAGGCACUUUUAAAACAAUCCUGGUGCUAACCCCCUCCAGCCAACUUUAUAAUGUGGAAGUCAUAUUGAAAGCGGCACUGUCAUAGGUUGUUCUUCCCCCUUCCUUAUGCCCCUUAUAUCUUAAUGAUUAUUACCCCCUUCUUGCCAUUAAAGGGAAACUCCACUCCCCAGAUAUAGAAUAAAUUAAAACCAAUGUUUAGUAGAUAUACCCCCUUCUUGCCCAGACAUUCUGUCCAACCACAGACUUCCCAAUUUAACUCAGAUAAGAAGUCUCUGCGAGGCACGUGCUCUAAGCAAUUGCCUGUCCCAUGAGUUUAGCUCCACUGAGCUAACCAAAGAAAGGGACAGGACCUGUUAUGUGCUUGAAAGCAAGGGGUUGUAACAGAGUUAAUUAUUAUAAGUGUACAUUUCUAUUGAAAUCAGCACUUUUUGGAAAAUGAAGAAAAAAUAGGACAACUCUUCACACAUUAAGCUUUUCAGCAAACUAAUGUGCUUUAGGGGUCUGGAGUGUCCCCUUAACUAUAUUUAUUAUCUUAUCUUUUGUACUGGAUUUCAAUGUAUAGGUGUUGUCAUUUUGUUCUCAUCUAUUUGUGAUGUCUGCUGUUUGCCCUUCUGUGGGAUUCUUGGAGCUAAUUGUGAGGAACUGGCUAUGACGACAGGAAUACCCUGGUCUGGUUCCCUAUUAAUGGGGCAAACUGUUUAACAAUGGUUUACCAUCUUAUCUGCAUCCUCCACCUUGCUCUGAUGUUACCUUGUGGUCUGGUGAUGCUCUUCCAGCUUCUUCAGAGCUGCAGAAACUAGAAGCCAUUCAUUGGUUGAGUGCAGCAGCUGAUCACGUUCAGCCAAUGAGUGACAUUUUGUUGUACAGUAUUGACAUUAGCUUCCUAACCCUCACGUGGUCAUCGUGCUUAGAGUAAUCCUUUAAUUUAAGAACUCAACCUGCAGUGCCAGAGCCACUCUAAGCUUUCCCAAUAGUAAUUUCACCCAAUAUGUACAGCAGUGGUAGGCAAGAGAGCACAGAGCUAGCCUGCCCCAGCUUUUAGCCUAUCAUUGCUCUUCAGACUGGAUGAAGUUGAUUUAAUAAUGUAAAGGUCAUUUCCACAUUACCUAGUCAGCUGGAGAGGUGGCCGUCUCUGAAUGCCAGAAUAUCCCUAUUUUUCUGCAAAAUCAUUUUAAAACAAUUUAUAGACCAGAGCAGAUGACUUUAGUUUUUGUUUAUUUGAUUUUGUGUUGUUUACUUGGUGGUGGUGAUGUUUUGUAGAUAUAUGUAAUAUAAUUACACAAAGAAUGUAUAAAAUAUAUGCAUUAUUAACAAAAUUGAGAAUAGAAGAAUGUGAUCCAUGCCAUACAGCUUUCUGGUUCUGUAGCGCACAUUUUGCAGAGAGCACAGUAAACACAUGUAAAUAUUAAUUUAAACAUGUUUUCAUUGAAAAUUAUCAAAACAUGCAUGCCAUGUAUAGCAUUUUUAUUUUACUGUAAAACCAACC